UGGACGAUCGAAACGGGUUUGACGUUCAUGCGACGAUUGGGUUGCGGUGGAGAUCUUCAGGAGCAAUUCCCAGCGACGAGUGCAAUGGUGGAGGACUAGUGAGAUCGUUCAAUGCGCUCUAGUUCCUUCCGAUAAGUUUUACUUCUGGUGAACGUAAGGACGCAAAUUGGGUGGGUGUGUGCGUGAGUGCGUAGGUGGGAACAGAUACCCCCCCCAGUUAUUUUUAAUUGGGGGAAAAAAAAAAGUGAUUAAUUAUAUUAUGAAGACCACUGAAGUGAAGUUGCAAUAGUUGUACAAUUGCCUAAUUUAAAUAAAUGUUUGCCAAUAAAUAUAAUAGUUGUGCUUUGGCAAUGGCCAUAAUAUAAUAUUUUUACGAUGUUUAACAAUUUUUUCUAAGGAGCCGAUGAGAAUUCAUUUAAAUUUCUACAAGAAAAACUACUAUUCUAGUUAUAUACAAACUAUGUUGUUUUUAAUAAAAAUGUUUUUUUUUUUCACAUUACAGCAAAAGGAAAGCUGUUUAUCUUUCAAACCCAACAGAAUACAGUAUAACAGACAUUGACUGACUUUAUUAUGUGACUGAGCACUAGUCUUAGGACUUUGAGGUAAACACGAGUUGCCUGUAGUAAGGAGAGGAGUUCGACACAUGCGUAUUUCGAUGUGAAGAUUAAUUUAUAAACUGUUAAGCCAUACAUACAAUGUUUUAAGAAUUAUAUGCGGGACAAGAUUGAUUCUGUAGCGGCAGUCGGCAAUUAAUCUAUCGUGACAAGACGGAUUCUGUCGUUCAAACGGAAAUGACGUAGAGGCUUGAGAGUGGAUGGGGCCUGACAGAGGACACGCACUCUCAGGCCCCUUCUGCAGCUAGACACUCGUGGAAUAAGGAGUACUUCAUCAAAGUGCACUACAGGGGUGGGCAAUCUUAUUCAGAAAGGGCCGGUGUUUUUUUUGGGAUAACCGUUCGAUCAGUUGCUCAAACCCAGUUGUGUGAACUCUUCAGUCGAUCAGUCCUCUACGUUCCACUCUAAGCACGGAGUUGCAGCGAUAAGCUGCAUGCCUAAUGGCCCUUUCUGGAUAAAAUUAGCCACCCCUGCGCUAAUCAAUACUGUGUAGUCUGAGAUUUGUCCCUAUUGCUCACUACAGACAGUUGCCGUACUUAUGACCAGAGACCCACACAACAAUUACGUUUCAAACUACAUUUUCAGACAACUUCACAUUACAUGUGAUCGUAGAGCUAAAUUAUUCCUUAUUAGUUAUGAAAGAUUAUUAAAUUUCUUACUUACACGGUGACUAUACCCUUAUUAGACUGCAUUUACCACCAUCGCUGACGUAUUUACCCGGAACUAUGCUUCUAACUACAGCUCGCGAGCUGUAGUUCGAGCUAUGCAACUUAACGACAGUGUUUGCGAACGUUCAUUCGAACUAUGGUUUUGGGAAACACCUGCGUCAUUUAACGAUGCAUUGUACUACAUAAGUGCACAGUAUCAUUACCUCAGUAGUUCGAACUACUGUAUGGUUUCGGGAAACACCUGCGUCGUACUUACAUAGUUCGAACCAUGCAAGUUGCUAACAUAGCUAGCAACGAUGGUUUUGGGAAACGCACCCCAUGGCUGCCCGCAGCCUGUAAAUCGGCGUACUACCCUCGGAUAUCGGCCGAUGCCAAUACAUUAAAAUAUGCUAAAUAUCGGCUGGCUGAUAUAUCGGUCGACCUCUAGUGUGGAUGCAACAUGAAGUUAUUUGAUAAUCUAUGCAUCUGUAUAGAUACUAUUCAUUAUUUAUGUUUAUUUCACCUGUUUUCUUUUUAGUUUCACCUUUGCUUCACCAAUAAACCUGGCAAACCAUUCCCAGAGUCUUGAUUGGAGUAAAGCGUUUAGCUGUCUGUCAACAAAUGCACAGCAUGCAUAUAGGACAGAACAGUCCCCAAUAAUCCAAAAUUAGUGAUUCUGACAUAAGACAGUUUAAAUAGAUGCUUAACAAUGUUCUUAUUGUUUUACAGUGUUGUUGAACAGAAGAAAUAUGGAUUUUCUUGGAAAAUUGUUUCUGUAUUGUGUCAGUAUGCAAGCUUUCUUUUCUCCUGUCUUUUCUGCUGAAUGGGAAGCAGAAGUUCUGGCAAACAUAAAUGCUCUGACAGGAUCGUGUGUGGUGGUACCCUGUCGCUUUCGAUACCCCGGUGGCCAAAAACCCUCUUCCAGACUAAGUGGCCUUUGGCAUCUUCACCAGAAGGAAGAGAAUUUAAAUACUAAACAGUACAUUUUAGCUGCUGAAGUAUCAAAAGUUAUUGACAGUUUUAAAGACCGCACAAGACUUCUGGGAAAGCUUGGCGAUGAUAACUGUACUUUAGAGAUUGAUGGAGUUAAAGACCAUGAUAAUGGUCCAUUUUGCUUCAGGAUUGAAAUUCCUGAUCAAGAUAAUUUUUCCUUUCGAGAAGGAUGUGUAUCGAUCAGAUCCUUUGACACUCCAGAAAAGCCAAAACUGACUUAUAAAGAAAAAUCAUAUGAAGGGCGACCCGACACCAUCACCUGCUCUGUUACUCACACUUGCCCUUCUCACAUGCCCGUCCUCACCUGGAGCUGGCCCUUCGACAAUGAGAUUAUUAUCCAUUACAAUAACCAUAAACCCGGAAUUUGGGAAGUUCAAUCUAUCCUGAGCUUUAUUCCAAAUGCACGUGAUGAUGACAGUGACAUCACUUGUACAGCAAAAUUCCACGGAGGGAAAAGCUCAGAAAGCAAAAUGAGCCUGCGUGUAAAACGUAAGAUGGGCUUUACACUUUUAUUUACUUCAUCUGUAUGAUUGGGAUCUCUGUGACUGCAGAAUGUAAAGUCUGGCUUUAAUAACUUU